AUGCUGGAAGAUGUGAUCAGUGCAGGGACCGCUGUGGGCCAUUGGAGGACGUUGCACUUCAUUCCAAAAAAAUGUGAUGAGCCACUUGUGUCUGGACUCCCCCAUGUGGCUUUCAGCAGCUCAUCCUCUAUGUCUGGGAGCUAUUCUCCUGGCUAUGCCAAGAUCAACAAGCGAGGGGGUGCUGGGGGAUGGUCUCCAUCAGACAGUGACCAUUAUCAAUGGCUUCAGGUUGACUUUGGCCAUCGAAAGCAGAUCAGUGCCAUAGCAACCCAAGGAAGAUACAGCAGCUCAGACUGGGUGACCCAAUACCGCAUGCUCUACAGCGACACAGGGAGAAAUUGGAAACCCUACCAUCAAGAUGGGAAUAUCUGGGCAUUUCCUGGGAACGUCAACUCCGAUAGUGUGGUUCGGCAUGAUUUACAGCAUCCAGUGAUCGCCCGCUAUGUGCGCAUCGUGCCUCUGGAUUGGAACGGAGAAGGCCGCAUUGGGCUCAGAAUUGAGGUCUACGGCUGUUCUUACUGGGCUGAUGUUAUCAACUUUGAUGGUCAUGUUGUGUUACCAUAUAGAUUCAGAAACAAGAAGAUGAAAACACUGAAAGAUGUCAUUGCUUUGAAAUUUAAAACCUCCGAAAGUGAAGGGGUAAUCUUGCACGGGGAAGGACAGCAAGGGGAUUAUAUUACUUUGGAACUGAAAAAAGCCAAGCUGGUCUUCAGUUUAAACCUAGGAAGCAACCAGCUUGGCCCCAUAUAUGGCCACACGUCCGUGAGGACAGGAAGUCUGCUGGAUGAUCACCACUGGCACUCUGUGGUCAUUGAGCGCCAGGGCCGGAGCAUCAACCUCACCCUGGACAGAAGCACACAGCACUUCCGCACCAAUGGGGAGUUCGACUACCUGGAUUUGGACUAUGAGAUAACCUUUGGAGGCAUACCUUUCUCCGGUAAGCCAAGUUCCAGCAGUAGAAAGAAUUUCAAAGGCUGCAUGGAAAACAUUAACUACAAUGGCAUCAACAUAACUGAUCUCGCAAGAAGGAAGAAACUAGAACCCUCAAAUGUGGGAAAUUUGAGUUUCGCAUGCGUGGAGCCCUACACGGUACCUGUCUUUUUCAAUGCUACCAGUUACCUGGAGGUGCCUGGACGGCUUCAUCAAGACCUGUUUUCGGUUAGUUUCCAGUUCAGGACUUGGAACCCCAAUGGUCUCCUGCUUUUCAGUCAUUUUGCGGAUAAUUUGGGCAACGUGGAGAUUGACCUCACUGACAGCAAAGUCAGCGUUCACAUCAACAUCACGCAGACCAAGAUGAGCCAGAUAGAUAUUUCCUCAGGUUCUGGGUUGAAUGACGGCCAGUGGCAUGAAGUCCGUUUCCUAGCUAAGGAGAAUUUUGUUAUUCUCACUAUCGACGGAGAUGAAGCCUCAGCAGUCCGAACUAACAGUCCUCUUCAAGUUAAAACUGGCGAGAAGUACUUUUUUGGAGGUUACCGGAACCAGAUGAAUAACUCAAGUCACUCUGUCCUUCAGCCUUCAUUCCAAGGAUGCAUGCAGCUCAUUCAAGUGGAUGAUCAACUUGUAAAUUUAUACGAAGUGGCACAAAGGAGGCCAGGAAGUUUUGCGAAUGUCAGCAUUGAUAUGUGUGCCAUCAUAGACAGAUGUGUGCCCAAUCACUGUGAGCAUGGUGGGAAGUGCUCGCAAACGUGGGACAGCUUCAUAUGCACUUGUGAUGAGACGGGAUACAGUGGGGCCACCUGCCACAACUCCAUCUAUGAGCCUUCCUGUGAAGCCUACAAACACCUAGGCCAGACAUCAAAUUACUACUGGAUAGAUCCUGAUGGCAGUGGACCUCUGGGGCCUCUGAAAGUUUACUGCAACAUGACAGAGGACAAAGUGUGGACGAUAGUGUCUCAUGAUUUGCAGAUGCAGACGACGGUGGUGGGCUACAACCCAGAAAAAUACUCGGUGACACAGCUCAUUUACAGCGCCUCCAUGGACCAGAUCAGCGCCAUCACCAGCAGCGCCGAGUACUGUGAGCAGUACAUCUCCUAUUUCUGCAAGAUGUCCAGGUUGUUGAACACCCCAGAUGGAAGCCCUUACACCUGGUGGGUGGGCAAAGCCAACGAGAAGCACUACUACUGGGGCGGCUCCGGGCCCGGAAUUCAGAAAUGCGCCUGCGGCAUCGAGCGCAACUGCACGGACCCCAAAUACUACUGCAACUGUGACGCGGAUUACAAGCAGUGGAGGAAGGACGCUGGCUUCUUAUCCUACAAAGAUCACCUGCCAGUAAGCCAGGUGGUGGUUGGAGACACUGACCGGCAAGGCUCGGAAGCCAAACUGAGUGUGGGUCCCCUGCGCUGCCAAGGAGACAGGAAUUACUGGAAUGCUGCCUCUUUCCCAAACCCAUCAUCCUACCUGCACUUCUCUACUUUCCAAGGGGAAACCAGUGCAGACAUCUCUUUCUACUUCAAAACAUUAAUCCCCCGGGGAGUGUUUCUUGAAAAUCUGGGGAACACAGAUUUUAUCAAACUCGAACUGAAAUCUGCCACGGAAGUGUCCUUUUCAUUUGAUGUCGGAAACGGGCCAGUGGAGAUUGUGGUGAGGUCACCCUCCCCUCUCAACGAUGACCAGUGGCACCGGGUCACCGCGGAAAGGAAUGUCAAGCAGGCCAGCCUGCAGGUGGACAGGCUGCCCCAGCAGACCCGCAAGGCCCCAACGGAAGGCCACACCCGCCUGGAGCUCUACAGCCAGCUGUUUGUCGGUGGUGCCGGGGGCCAGCAGGGCUUUCUGGGCUGCAUCCGCUCCCUGAGGAUGAAUGGGGUGACACUGGACCUGGAAGAAAGAGCAAAGGUCACAUCCGGGUUCAAAUCCGGGUGCUCGGGCCACUGCACCAGCUACGGGGCAAACUGUGAGAAUGGAGGCAAAUGCAUAGAGAAAUACCACGGGUAUUCCUGCGAUUGCUCCAACACAGCCUACGAUGGAACAUUUUGCAACAAAGAUGUGGGCGCAUUUUUUGAAGAGGGGAUGUGGCUGCGGUAUCACUUCCAGGCGCCCGGGUCCGGUGCUAAGGAAUCGGGCAGCAGGUCGGAGAACUCCCUGGACCCGCAGAAUGGGGCCCUGGACCUGGCCCGCGAGGAGAUCUGCUUCAGCUUCAGCACCACCAAGGCACCCUGCAUCCUCCUCUACGUCAGCUCUUUCACCACCGACUUCCUGGCAGUUCUCGUCAAACCCACCGGAAGCUUACAGAUCCGGUACAGCCUGGGUGGCACCAGGGAGCCAUAUAAUAUUGACGUGGACCACAGGAGCAUGGCCAAUGGGCAGCCCCACAGCGUUAAUGUCACCCGUCACGAGAGGACCAUUACUCUCAAGCUGGAUCAUUAUCCUUCCGUGAGUUACCACCUGCCAAGUUCGUCUGACACUCUGUUCAAUUCUCCCAAGUCGCUCUUUCUAGGAAAAGUUAUAGAAACAGGGAAGAUUGACCAAGAGAUUCACAAGUACAACACCCCGGGAUUCACUGGGUGCCUCUCCAGAGUCCAGUUCAACCAGAUCGCCCCUCUCAAGGCAGCCUUGAGGCAAACAAACGCCUCAGCUCGCGUGCACACCCAGGGUGAGCUGGUGGAGUCCAACUGCGGGGCCUCCCCGCUCACCCUCGCACCCAUGUCGUCUGCCACCGACCCCUGGCACUUAGACCACCUGGAUUCAGCCAGUGCUGAUUUUCCGUAUAACCCAGGACAAGGCCAAGCUAUAAGGAAUGGAGUCAACAGAAACUCGGCCAUCAUCGGAGGGGUCAUUGCCGUGGUAAUCUUCACCAUCCUCUGCACCUUGGUCUUCCUUAUCCGGUACAUGUUCCGUCACAAGGGCACCUACCACACCAACGAGGCCAAGGGAGCAGAGUCGGCAGAGAGCGCGGACGCCGCCAUCAUGAGCAACGACCCCAACUUCACAGAGACCAUUGACGAAAGCAAAAAGGAAUGGCUCAUUUGA